GAUUUUUUUUGUUAUUUUUCUUCAAAAUUUUUAUUUUUCAGAAGAAAUGUCUGACAGUGAAGGAAGUUCAGAGCCAGGGUCCCCGAGGUCUAGAGAGGCCGAGGAGGGAGAACCCGAGGAUGUAGAGGACGAACAGGAACCUGAGGGAGAGGACCUUCUAGACAGUGAGGAGGAGGAGGAAGAAGAUGACCGCCCCAACAAGAAAGCUAAACGGUCAAGGGUCAACGCACACGAUUUCAUCAUUGACGAGGCUGAGGUUGAUACUGACGAUGAAGAGGAUGAGGACGCGUACAGAGAUUACGCAGAUGACGCACUGGAUCCUAACGAGGCGGAGGAGGCGGGACAAACAGCGGCGGAUGUUGAGGCGAGGAUGAGGCAGAGAGAUCGAUUAGGACAACAGGAGGAUCAACUGGACGAGGAGGCAAUAGAGAACUAUUAUAGGAAUAGAUAUAACGAGGAUACAGCUGCUAUUGCUAGGUUCGGAGAGGGGGGAGAGGAGAUGAGUGACGAGAUUACCCAGCAGACCCUACUCCCCGAGGUGAGGGACCCCAACCUCUGGAUGGUGAAGUGUAGGAUCGGAGAGGAGAAGGUUACAGUGCUCCAGCUCAUGAGGAAGAUGAUUGCGUAUCAAUAUGAAGAGGAACCACUUCUCAUCAGAUCAGUAGUUGUUCCGGAGCAUGUCAAGGGAUACAUCUACAUUGAAGCCUUCAAGCAGACCCACGUCAAGGCUGCCAUUGAUGGUAUCUCUAACCUGAGGAUGGGAAUCUACCAGCAGCAGAUGGUCCCUAUCAAGGAGAUGACUGACGUGAUGAGGGUAGUCAAGGAGCAGGCCGGUCUCAAGGCUAAACAAUGGGUUCGAUGCAAGAGAGGAGUGUUUAAGGAUGAUUUGGCUCAGGUUGACUACGUGGAUGUUGCUAGUAACCAGGUUCAUCUUCGCCUCCUCCCGCGUAUUGAUUACGGGCGGAUGCGAGGCGCACUGCGGACAACUGCCUCGGACGAUCUAAAACGGAAAAAAUUUAAACGCCCGCCGUGUAAACUAUUCGAUCCCGAGAAGAUUCGAGCAAUCGGUGGAGAGAUCACGAACGAUGGAGAUUUCUACGUGUUCGAAGGAAACCGGUAUUCUAGGAAGGGAUUCUUGUUCAAGAACUUUGUUAUGAGUGCUAUACUAGCAGAGGGAGUUAAACCUACACUCAGUGAACUAGAGAGGUUUGAAGAGACCCCUGAAGGAUUGGAUAUAGACCUGGGAGCUGUGGAUAAGGAAGAAAUUGCACACAAGUUCAGUAAUGGAGAUAAUGUUCUUGUUGUAGAGGGAGAGUUGCAGAACUUACAGGGUCGAGUUAUAGCUGUGGAUGGGAGUAAGAUUACUAUACAGCCUAAACACGAAGAUCUUAAAGAUGAUCCCUUGGACUUCCAGGCUAAUGAACUCAAGAAAUACUUCAGACAGGGCGACCAUGUGCGUGUAAUCGGAGGAAGGUAUGAAGGUGAUACUGGUCUGAUUGUCAGGGUUGAAGAGAAUAUGGUUGUUCUAUUCUCCGAUCUUACUAUGCACGAACUUAAAACCCUUCCCAAGGAUUUACAACUGUGUACGGAUAUGGCAACUGGUGUGGACAGUAUGGGACAAUAUCAGUUCGGAGAUAUGGUGCAGAUAGAUGCACAGACAGUCGGGGUUAUUGUGCAGAUUCAGAAGGAAAACUUCCAGGUGUUGAAUAUGCACGGGAAGGUGGUGAGCAUGAAACCUGCUGCUCUACAAAGGAAGAAAGCACACAAGGACGUCAAGGCACUCGACAGCGAGCAGAAUCAGAUUCAGGUGCGUGAUGUUGUAAAAUGUAUUGACGGGCCACACUCUGGGCGUCAAGGAGAAAUCAAGCAUCUGUAUCGUAACUAUGCCUUCCUUCACUCCAGGAUGAUGCUUGACAACGGCGGAAUAUUCGUCUGCAAAUGCCGCCAUCUUCAGUUAGCCGGCGGUGGUAAGGUUACUAGUGGCGGAGGUGGCGGAGUGAGUAACGCUGGAGGAUUACCAGGUUUUAUGUCGCCCAGGCUUUCAAGCCCUGCUCAUCCCAGCCAGGGCGGAGGAAACAGAGGAGGGGGCGGAGGUGGAUUCCGGGGAGGCCGAGGAGGACGUGGUCGCGGCGGAAAUGUUGGAAGAGAUCGAGAAUUGAUCGGACAAACUAUCAAGAUUACUCAAGGUCCUUACAAAGGGCAUAUUGGAAUCGUUAAGGACGCUACUGAAGCUACAGCUAGGGUUGAACUACACUCGAAGUGUCAGACGAUCUCCGUCGAUAGAUCCCGUAUUGCAGCGGUUGACUCUGGCAAGAGCGGAGCAGGAGGACAGUUCUCCUCCUACAACAAGACUCCGAUGCACGGGCCCUCCGGUACUCCUAUGUACGCGACACCGGGAAGCAGAACUCCGAUGUACGGCUCUCAGACACCGAUGUACGAUGGUUCAAGGACUCCGCACUACGGGAGCAUGACUCCAAGUCAUGGUGAGGACGGAUCUAGAACUCCGGGUAGAUCCGGAGCUUGGGAUCCAACUGUUAGUAACACUCCUGCGCAGACUCGUGAGUUUGAUGAUUACAACUUCGACGACACUUCUCCAAGUCCGAAUUAUAAUCCCGGUACUCCAUCGGCAUAUAACCAGGAGUCCCCUAGCGGACCUUAUACUCCAACUAAUCCCGGAAGUGUGUACAACCCACAAGACUACUCCCCUUACCAACCCUCCCCCUCCCCUUCAGCAUACCAGGCCAGCCCAUCCCCAAGCAACAGCUAUGUACCUACUCCCUCCCCCGUAGGAGCAUAUCAACCCUCCCCCUCCCCCAGCUACGCUGCUCCCUCCCCCGGGAUGGGAUACUCUCCGAUGACUCCGGGUUCAAGCCACGCCUCUUCUCCCUUCCAUCCUUCGACUCCGUCCCGUGAAACGGAUAUUCUCAACUCCCAGGAUUGGUAUUCUCCGGAUAUUGAAGUACUGAUCAAGAGUUCUCACAGUGACUCCAACCUGUGCGGUCAGGUUGGGGUUGUACGUGGUGUAAUCCCGGGUCAUUGCUCGGUAUAUCUACAUGAAGAAGAAAGGGUUGUGACCAUCCCUGCAGUUGAUCUUCAGCCUGUUGUUCCAACACGAGGAGAUAAGGUGAAGGUCAUUCUCGGAGAUGAAGACAAGGAUCAAAGCGGUCAUCUUCUCUCUAUCGAUUCACAGGAGGGUGUAGUGAAACUGGAUCACUCAGGAGAUGUUAAAAUGUUGCAACUGAAAUAUCUCUGCAAGAUGAAAUCUGAUGAUUAACUUCCAGGCUUCCUGUUAUACAGCUGUUACAGUGCUGUUACAGUGCUGUUACAGUACAUAUAAUAUUGUUUUGCUACUUUAAUUCAAAUGUAUCUUUUGCUGUUUCA